AUGACUAUUUUAUCCAAUGUGAAAUCAAUAGCUCUAAAUGGUGGAGUAUAUGGGAGUAUUGAAGGAAAAAGGGGGUUGAGACAAGGUGAUCCAAUAUCACCUCUAAUAUUUGUGAUCUGUAUGGAGUAUUUCUCAAGGAUAAUGAAACAAGUAGCUACAAUGCAGGGUUUUGAAUUCCACACCAAAUGUAAAGGGCUUAAAUUGAAUCACUUAUGUUUUGCUGAUGAUGUUUUGCUAUUUUGCAAGGGAGAAUUGCCAUCAAUACUACUGAUGCUGAGGGGCUUAGCCACAUUUUCAGAAGCUUCAGGGCUAAAAACCAAUGAAGCUAAAUCUAACAUCUAUAGUGCAAACAUGAAUGAACAUGAUUUGGGUGACUUAUGUGAAAUAACUGGUUAUAAAAGAGGUACUAUGCCAUUCAGAUAUCUGGGAGUUCCAAUUUCAGCUAAGAAGAUCUCAAGCAUGGAUUGUGAAAUGCUAGUAGAUAAGAUAUGUGCUAGAAUCAAAAGUUGGGGCUCAAGCAACCUAUCAUAUGCUAGAAGAGUGAUGUUAAUAAACUCAGUACUGCUGCACAUUCACACUUAUUGGUCCUCUAUCUUCAUACUCCCAAAGAAGAUAACAAAGAACAUCACAACUAUAUGCAGGAACUUCCUAUGGGAUGGGAGAACAAACACAAAUAGGGUGCCACUGAUUGCUUGGGAACUCAUAUGUAGGCCCAACAUAGAGGGUGGACUGGGGAUAAUAGACUGUGAAACUUGGAACCAAGCGGCCAUAGCCAAAAAGAAGGAUUGGUGGCAAUACAAACCGCCACAGGACUGCAGUUGGUACUGGAGGAAAAUCUGUUCCAUCAAGGAUCAAUUUGCUGAAGGAUUUGAUCAGCAGAAGUGGUUGGCAAACAAUGGAAAAUAUACAGUGAAAAAUGGCUACACAUGGAAACAAGGGACAAAGGAAAGAUGGGCAAGUAGCAGAUGGAUAUGGAGUAGAAACAACAUCCCAAAGCAUAGCUUCAUCUACUGGUUAGCUAUGCACAAGAGACUUCAGACAAGAGAAAGACUGGCCAAACUAGGGAUAUGCAAGGAAACACAAUGUGCUAUAUGUGAGGCAGGAAUAGAAACAACUGAGCACCUAUUCUUUGAUUGUGACUAUUCAAGGACAUGCCUGAGUGAGAUACUGAAAUGGCUACAAGUUGGAGUGCAGCAGUACAAGAUAGAAGGAUUAUGGAGAAGAAUGACAAGAAAUUCAAGAGGCAAGCUUACAGAAACAUCACCAGUUCUAUCUUAG